AUGCGGACGUUGAAGAGCGGAGCAAGUGGCUUACGGCGUUUCGAUUUGUUGUUGAUGGUGCGGCGUCUGUACGGCGGCCGGACGAUGAUGGACGACUAUGUGGCGCGGGUGGUGACGAUCCACGCCCGCGGUGGUGAGGCCACGUUCUUGGCCCUGGGCCCGAAGGCAGUUGCCGGGUUGUCGGGCGUGGGUCCCGGCUGGUUCCGUCGCUACCACCGAAUGAUUCUGUGGUCGCCCAAGGGGGCGCCCGCGAAUGACCCGCGGGCGGAGGCGGCGCUCGUAAGCGCUCGAUUGCGAUUCGUUAAACACGAAUACAAGGCCCUGGAUGAGGUCGGCCUGGAGGGGAACGACCCGGAGCUGGUCUACUCAGAAGGGGAUGACCCAAAAGGGGAUGACCCAGAAGGGGAUGACCCAGAAGGGGAUGACCCAGAAGGGGAUGACCCAGAAGGGGAUGACCCAGAGGAGAAUGAGAUGUUGAUGGUUAUGUCGCGGCCUGUGUACAAGACGGAGUUGAAGGAGCUACAGCUGAUGCCCAAGGACUGGUGGACGGUGGUGAAAAGGUCGGCUGUGGUGAAACCGACCGGAAAACACUUGGACUCCACUACGACGAUGAACUCCACUACGACGAUGAGUCCAUCCACUAGUUCGAAUGUAACCCUGAAGUCCUGGGAGGAGAUUGAGAUGGAUGUUUUGGGCUGA